CCAAGGGCCGGAGCGGACGCGCGGAGGCGUGACUGAGAAGCGUGCGCGGAGUCCUUCGGGUCCGAGCUUCUGCCCGGGCCCGCGAACUUGAGAGGCGCCAUGGGCCGGAUCACAGAAGAUCUUAUUAGACGGAACUCCGAGCACAAUGACUGUGUCAUUUUUUCCCUGGAGGAACUCUCUUUGCAUCAGCAAGAAAUAGAAAGGCUAGAACAUAUUGACAAAUGGUGCCGGGAUUUGAAAAUCCUCUAUCUUCAAAACAAUCUCAUUGGAAAAAUCGAAAAUGUUAGCAAACUCAAGAAACUUGAAUAUUUGAACUUAGCCUUAAACAACAUUGAGAAAAUUGAAAAUUUGGAAGGAUGUGAAGGGCUGACAAAACUUGACUUGACCGUAAAUUUCAUUGGAGAGCUGAGCAGCGUUAAAACCCUUCAGCACAACAUACACCUGAAGGAGCUCUUUCUCAUGGGGAACCCGUGCGCGGACUUUGACGGCUACAGGCAGUUCGUGGUGGCAACUCUGCAACAGUUAAAGUGGUUGGACGGCAAAGAAAUAGAGCGUUCAGAGAGGAUUCAGGCCUGGCAGAACUUCCCAGUGAUUGAACAGCAAGUCAGAGAGCAAGAGGCAGCUUACUGCCUCAAAAGGGCCCAAGACAAGGAAGAGGCUCAGAGGAAACUUCGCGAAGAGGAGGAAAAUGAGGCCAAGGAGAGAAGCCGCUCAGGCUCCGAGGGACAGAGCCCAUUUUCAGUAGGGAAUGAUGACCACGUCCUGGCACCAGAAGGACAAGAAGGGGUAUACAACCAAAAGAAAUUCAAGGACAACGUGGAUGACCUGGAGUUCUGGAACAAGCCUUCUUUGUUUACUCCUGAGUCUAGAUUGGAAACCCUGAGGCACAUGGAGAAACAACGGAAAGACCAAGAAAAAUUAAGUGGAAAGAAGAAGAAGGUGAAACCGCCCAGGAUUUUGAUCACUGAAGAUGGGAAAGCCUUGAAUGUGAAUGAACCCAAACUUGACUUCUCCUUGAAAGAGGAUGAAAAACAUAACCAGAUCAUCCUGGACCUUGCCGUCUAUAGGUAUAUGGACACCUCUUUAAUCGAUGUGGAUGUGCAGCCAACCUACGUGCGGGUCAUGGUCAAGGGGAAGCCGUUCCAGCUCGUCCUUCCUGCCGAAGUGAAGCCGGACAGCAGCUCGGCUAAGCGAUCGCAGACCACAGGGCACCUGGUGAUCUGCAUGCCCAAGGUAGACGGAAUCAUCACGGGUUGGCGACAAACAUCAGAGUCCAGGACGAGUCCCUCGGACAGCAGCAGAGAGCGCACCAACCAAAGAAGCAAGCAAAUUGAAAAACUAGAAGUAGAUCCUGGCAAACAUUCCUUCCCAGACGUGGCUCACAUAGUUCGGGAGAAAACACCCACACCCCGAAGAGUUCAAUCUGAACCCAAAGUUACACCAUGUGGGGAAGAUCCAGACUUUGAAGAUAACCCUGAAGUCCCUCCGUUGAUCUGAAACAGGAGGCUAUGUCAACGGUCCCACUGGACCCCGUUUUCCUCGGUGCAGGGGGUGUGGUGUGCCCUGUUUGGGGUAAACACAGAGUUACCUGUCAACAUUAUGACUCCACUGUUUUACUUCUACUUUAUGCAGUAAUAUUCUUAUACCAGUUUAAAUUUCAAAUGUAUACCUUAGAAGGCUGCAACUAAUAAACAUUUUGUCUAUAAUAAAAUGUUGGCUAGUGCAAAUGUGCAGUAAA